AUGAGUACCGAUUCAGAUGAAUCAGAAUUUUUGAUAUAAUACUUCUCUAAUCUAAUCCUUGCUCCAGAAAGCAAUAAACCUCAACCAAUUAACAAUGAAUACUCUUCCUAAAUUUUAUAUGUUUUUGUUCAUACAAAUUAAAGAUUCGAUUACAAAUCUUGGGGUUAAGAAUAUUUUGGAAAAGCAGUGAAAAUUAGUAUGUUUAGAAGAACUUAAAAAUAUACAAUAUUGAAAUUAUUGAGUGACUAAGGUAAUUACAUUUAAAAUAUUUAAGUCUUAUUCUAAAAUUUUAGACAUCAAGAAAUGAAUUGCUGUAUCAAACCAACAUUUCACAUUAGUGCUACACUUUCGGUUCAAGUACCAUUCGAUUAUAUAAAUGAAUAUGUGGUUUAAGGGGAUAAAACUAUCUAUUUAUUAGGUAAAGAAUGUAAGUUGAAGGAAGAUGAUAAAUUAGAAUUUAAAUCUUACAAAGUGGAUCUAUUGAUAAAUAAUACAGGUUUUAUUAUAAUAAUAGUAUUUAGAAUAAAUAAUGAAGGUAAUCUGCAGUAUUUUGAAUAGUCGUAGAUAAGGUAAAAUUUUGAUUGGGAUUUCAUAUGAUAAAGAUUUAAAUGGUUAUGUAGUUAGUGGAUGUUUUUGUUAGGAAAAGAAGGCUUAUUAGGUGAUGAAUACAAUUAUGAAUAAAUGUAAGGAGUUUGGUUGUGAUUAAUGGGUGAAUAUAAAAUUGCAUGAGUGUGGUGUGUUACUUUAAGAUAAAUGUUAUGUUGUAAAUAAUCUAAAAAUGUAUUUAUAAUAUUAUAAUUAGAUUUGAGAUUAUUAUAAAUGAGGGUGCUAAUCAAUUAAUAACUAUUACUCCUGGUAAAUACUAUAUUAGAGAGAAUGGAUAAUCAGUACCUAUAAAAAUGAAAUAACUUUUUAAUUAUUGGAAAGAUAAAAUGAUAACAGAAGAGUAAUUUGAAUAAUGUCUCAAUUUUUAUGAUGAAUUAAUGAAGAAAAAUAAGUUAAUCUGA